UGGUCCAGUGUUUCUGUUGUAUUUUACUGUUCCUUCUCCUUUUUGCAGGAAAGGCUGAGAUAUGUGCUGGGCCUGCUGUUGUUGCUACACAGCACAGACUCGUUCUAUGUACCUGGGGUGGCUCCCAUCAACUUCCACCGCAAUGAUCCUGUAGAAAUAAAGGCUGUGAAGCUGACGAGCUCUCGGACCCAGCUGCCAUAUGAGUACUACUCACUGCCCUUCUGCCAGCCCAGCAAGAUCACGUACAAGGCUGAGAACCUCGGUGAGGUUCUUCGAGGGGACCGAAUUGUAAAUACACCUUUCCAGGUUUCCAUGAAUGUGGAGAAGAAAUGUGAAGUUCUGUGCAACUUUCCCAACAAGCCAGUCACUCUGACAGUGGAGCAGAGCAAGCUCAUCGCUGAGCGCAUCAGGGAGGAUUACUACGUCCACCUCAUUGCUGAUAACCUCCCUGUGGCAACACGGCUGGAGUUUUAUUCCAAUCGUGAGGAAGAGGAGAAGAAGAAGGAGAAGGAUGUGCAGUUUGAGCAUGGAUAUAGGCUUGGCUUUAUGGACGGUAACAAGUUCUACCUGCACAACCACCUCUCCUUCAUCCUUUACUACCACAGAGAGGAUGUGGAAGAGAGCCAGGAGCACACCUACAGGGUGGUGCGCUUUGAGGUGAUUCCCCAAAGCAUUAAACUAGAAGACUUGAAGGCUGAUGAGAAAAGCAUGUGCACCCUGCCUGAAGCCACGGGCUCUGCCCCUCAGGAAAUAGAUCCUACUAAAGAGAACCAGUUACUCUUCACCUACUCUGUGCACUGGGAGGAAAGUGACAUUAAGUGGGCUUCCCGCUGGGACACCUACCUGACCAUGAGUGACGUGCAGAUCCACUGGUUUUCUAUCAUUAACUCGGUUGUGGUUGUCUUUUUCCUUUCAGGGAUUCUCAGCAUGAUCAUCAUCCGGACUCUGCGGAAGGACAUUGCCAACUACAACAAAGAAGAUGACAUUGAAGAUACCAUGGAGGAAUCUGGUUGGAAACUUGUGCAUGGAGAUGUCUUCAGGCCUCCACAGUACCCUAUGAUCCUCAGCUCUCUCCUGGGUUCUGGAAUUCAGCUCUUCUGUAUGAUCCUGAUUGUCAUCUUUGUUGCUAUGCUGGGGAUGCUGUCGCCUUCGAGCCGGGGUGCGCUGAUGACAACUGCCUGCUUCCUCUUCAUGUUCAUGGGGGUUUUUGGUGGAUUCUUUGCUGGCCGCUUAUACCGGACUCUGAAAGGCCAUCGAUGGAAGAAGGGAGCUUUUUGUACAGCAACAUUGUACCCAGGCGUUGUCUUCGGCAUCUGCUUUGUCCUCAACUGCUUCAUCUGGGGGAAACACUCCUCUGGUGCGGUGCCUUUCCCUACCAUGGUGGCCUUGCUCUGCAUGUGGUUUGGGAUCUCCUUGCCCUUGGUCUACCUGGGUUACUACUUUGGAUUUCGCAAGCAGCCCUAUGACAAUCCUGUACGGACAAAUCAGAUUCCCAGGCAGAUCCCGGAGCAGAGGUGGUAUAUGAACAAAUUUGUGGGGAUCCUCAUGGCUGGUAUUCUGCCUUUUGGAGCCAUGUUCAUCGAACUGUUCUUCAUUUUUAGUGCAAUCUGGGAGAACCAGUUCUAUUACCUUUUUGGCUUCCUCUUCCUGGUGUUUAUAAUUCUGGUGGUAUCCUGCUCCCAGAUCAGCAUUGUCAUGGUGUAUUUCCAGCUCUGUGCUGAGGAUUACCGCUGGUGGUGGAGGACCUUCCUGGUGUCUGGAGGAUCUGCCUUCUACGUACUGAUCUAUGCUGUCUUCUACUUUGUGAACAAGCUGGAUAUUGUUGAGUUCAUUCCCUCCUUACUGUACUUUGGCUACACUGCCCUCAUGGUCCUGUCCUUCUGGCUCUUGACGGGCACCAUUGGUUUCUACGCAGCCUACAUGUUUGUGCGGAAGAUUUACGCUGCUGUGAAAAUCGACUGAAGCUGGAAUCCCCCCAGCAGGAAUCAGACACCUCUGAACAUGUGUCCUCCCGGGAGGGACAGGGACAUCUUCUCCCAGCUCUUUUUAAGGAAACAAAAAUCCAGUGGGAGAGUCACAAGAGAAAUAAUUAACUCCUCGAUUUGGAAUGUAACUUUGGCACAGUGUACAUGGAUUCUGGGCUACUUCUGUGGGGAAAAGGGGUCUGUAGAUACCUUACAUUUUAACUUUAUUAUCCUGUUCCAUAAUUGAGGGAGUUUUUUAGCAGAGAAAUAUCCCU